CGCUCCCGUUCGCAGCCGCUCUCCGCUGCCGAGCGGAGCGGCCCCGCCAGCCCCUCAGUUUCACAUCCUUGAAUGUCCCUCUAUUUCUUGAAGAUGAAGAAAGUGACUGCAUGCUUCUUUCUGCUGUUUGGGCAUACUCUGCUUUCCACUGUGUCUGUCAUGGCAAAAGAUCUCCCUGGUGCACAUUUCACCCAAAGAAGGGAUGUUAACUCACAAUCUACACUAGAAAACAGUUGCAACAGAAAACGUCUGGACCUCGUCUUCAUCAUUGACAGCUCUCGCAGCGUGCGUUCUUAUGACUUUGAAAAAGUGAAAGAGUUCAUUUUGACCAUUUUGCAGUUCCUGGACAUCAGUCCUGAUGCCACCCGAGUGGGUCUGAUUCAGUAUGGCAGCACAGUCAAACAGGAAUUCUCACUGAAGACAUUCAGGAGGAAGCAGGACAUCGAGAGAGCAGUGAAGAGGAUGAUGCACCUGGCAAGUGGCACCAUGACCGGGCUGGCCAUUCAGUACGCAGUGAACAUUGCAUUUUCUGAGUCAGAAGGAGCUCGACCUCUGAAGCAAAAUGUGCCCCGAAUUAUCAUGAUAGUGACAGAUGGAAGACCUCAGGAUCCUGUGGCAGAGAUUGCUGCUAAAGCACGGAACUCAGGAAUCCUGAUUUUUGCCAUUGGAGUGGGAAGAGUAGAUAUGAACACGCUGAAGUCCAUUGGGAGUGAACCCCACCAAGAGCAUGUGUUUCUGGUUGCUAAUUUCAGCCAGAUUGAAACACUGACCUCUGCCUUCCAGGCUAAAAUUUGUGUGCCCCAUAUGUGCAGUACAGUUGAGCAUCGCUGUGAUCACUUCUGCAUAAACACCCCUGGCUCCUAUGUCUGUAGAUGUAAACAAGGAUACAUUCUGAAUGCUGACCAGAAAACUUGCAGCACUCAGAACCUUUGUGCUGUGGAGAAACACACCUGUGAGCAGAUCUGUGUGAACACUCCUGGCUCUUAUGUCUGUCAGUGCUAUGAAGGGUAUGAACUUGCUGCAGAUGGAAAGAAUUGUGUCAUUGUAGACUACUGUGCUUUGGAUAACCAAGGUUGCCAACAUGAGUGUGUUAACACCAAGGACUCCUAUUACUGUAGAUGCCACCCAGGGUUCAUUUUAAAUCCAGACAAAAGAACUUGCAGAAGGCCAGACUAUUGUGCUCUUCAGGACCACGGCUGUGAACAGGAAUGUGUUAAUACAGAUGAUUCCUACUUUUGUCGAUGCCAAGAGGGAUUUACACUUAAUCCAGAUAAGAAAACAUGUAAAAGUGUGGACCACUGUGCUGGAAGCAAUCAUGGCUGUGAGCAACUGUGCCUAAAUACUGGUGUUUCCUAUGUGUGUCAGUGCUCUGAGGGAUAUGUCAUCAAUGAGGACCUGAAAACAUGCACACGAGUUGACUAUUGUGCUUUGACUGAUCAUGGCUGUGAACAUUUGUGUGUAAAUGGUGACAGAUCCUAUACUUGCCAGUGUUUUGAAGGAUACAGGCUCCGUAAUGAUGGGAAAACAUGUAAACGUAAAAAUGUCUGCAAAUCAGUCAACCAUGGCUGUGAACAUAUUUGCAUUAGUACUGACAAUUCCUACAUCUGCAAGUGUCGUGAGGGAUUCGUUCUGAGAGAAGAUGGCAAGACGUGCAGAAGACGAGACAUCUGCAAAUGGGUCAGCCAUGGCUGUGAGCAUGUAUGUGUUAAUGAAGGUGACUCUUAUGUUUGCAAGUGCCAUGAGGGUUUUCUCCUGAGAGAAGAUGGGAAAACAUGCAGAAAUCAAGACAUUUGCAGUUCUGUUGACCAUGGCUGUGAACAUGUUUGUGUUAAUGCUGAGGAGUCAUACAUCUGCCAGUGCUAUGAGGGAUUUGUACUGAGAGGAGAUGGAAAAACAUGUAGAAAUAAGGACAUCUGCAAGUCAGUCAGUCAUGGCUGUGAACAUCUUUGUGUUAAUAAUGAUGAUUCAUACACUUGCCAGUGCCAUGAUGGAUUUGUACUAAGGCAAGACAGGAAAACGUGCCGAAGAAAGGAUAUUUGCAAAUCUGUCAACCAUGGCUGUGAACACACUUGUGUUAAUGCUGGUGAUUCAUUUGUUUGUAAGUGUCAGGAGGGAUUCCUGCUAAGAGAAGAUGGGAAAACAUGCAAAAAUAAAGAUCUUUGCAAAUCAGUCAACCAUGGCUGUGAACAUGUUUGUCUUAAUACUGAUGAUUCAUAUAUCUGCAAAUGCCAUGAUGGGUUCCUACUGAGAGAAGAUGGGAAAACCUGCAGGAACAAGGAUGUCUGCAAGGCAGUAAACCAUGGCUGUGAACAACUUUGUGUGAAUAGUGAAGAUUCCUACAUCUGCAAGUGUCAUGAAAAAUUCAUACUGAAGGAAGAUGGAAAGACAUGUAGAUAUAAAGAUGUUUGCAACUCAGUUGACCAUGGAUGUGAACAUACUUGUGUUAAUACUGAUGAUUCCUAUAUCUGCAAGUGUCAUGAGGACUUCAUACUGAGGGAAGAUGGAAAAACUUGUAGAAGUAAAGACCCGUGUAAAUCUGUUGACCAUGGGUGUGAGCACGUGUGCAUUAACAACAACAGUUCCUACAGCUGUCAGUGCCAUGAGGGCUUUGUCCUGAGACAAGAUGGGAAAACGUGUCGAAAUGAAGAUGUCUGCAAUUCAAUUGCCCAUGGUUGUGAGCAUAUUUGUGUCAAUAAUGAAGAUUCAUACAUCUGCAAAUGCCAUGAGGGAUAUGUACUAAAAGAGGAUGAGAAAACAUGCAGAAGAUGCACUGAAGGCCCAGCUGACCUGGUGUUUGUCAUCGAUGGCUCAAAAAGUCUCGGAGAGGAAAAUUUUGAAAGUGUAAAACAAUUUGUCUCAGGAAUCUUGGAUUCACUUGAGAUUUCACCCAAAGCUGCUCGGGUUGGUUUGCUUCAGUAUUCCAAUGAAGUUCGCACAGAGUUUACAUUAAAGCAGUUCAGCUCAGCCAAAGACAUGAAGAAAGCUGUGUCACAAAUGAAAUACAUGGGGCGAGGCUCCAUGACAGGACUGGCACUGAAGCACAUGUUUGAGAGAAGCUUCACUGAAGCAGAGGGAGCAAGACCAUUUUCAGCAAAUGUCCCUCGAAUCUCCAUUGUGUUUACGGAUGGACGGGCCCAGGAUGAGGUCUCCAUGUGGGCUGCUAGAGCAAAGCGAGGUGGUAUAAUUAUCUAUGCUGUUGGAAUAGGAAAAGCAAUUGAGGAAGAACUGCUGGAAAUUGCUUCAGAGCCACCAUACAAACAUCUCUUCUAUGCUGAGGAUUUUACAGCUCUGGAGGACAUAAGUGAAGAGCUAACAGCCCAGAUCUGUGAAGCCUUGAAAGAAUCAGCUCACCAGCAGGAUUCAUCUUCUGGGAGACUACGUAAGACUGGUCCACAGCCUUCAGGAUCCGAAUCAACCACAAUAGCCAUCACAGAUGUCAUUGCCUGUCCCAAUCUUGCAGUACACUACAAGUAUCUCUUUGAAGACAGUCACACUCACCCAACAGGAACAACAGCAAAAUCUUCUAAAGAUAAAGAACAGUGCAAAUGUGAAAACCUUGUGACGUUCCAGAACUAUGCAACCAAUGAAGUUAGAAAACUCACACAGAGAUUGGAAGAAAUGACAAAGAGAAUGGAAGACUUGGAAAGCAGGCUAAAACACUGAUGAAAAGUUUAAGUGUAUACUACACUGUUUAUUUAUACAUACGAAUCUGUCAGAGCUAUUUUCAUAAACUGGUUAAAAAAUAAAUCCUUGUUCCUGAAGUUGAAAAGAUUAUUUUGGAUCCCUGCAUCUACGUA